ACAGGGGCUCGGCGGAGGGGCGGAGGGAGGGGGGUGGGCCCGCGGAGCCCCCGAGGGCGGGAGCGACGCCGCCGGCGCCGGCCGGGCUCCCUGUGCGACCGCGCCGCCCGCGGCGGGCCCAGAGCAGCAGUAGCAGCAGCAGCAGCAGCAGCAGCAGCAGCAGCAGCAGCAGCAGCAGCCGCCGAGGCCGGGCGUGCGCCUGAGGCGCGGCGGCGGCGGCGGCCCUGCGGGCGGCCGGGAGGGGCGGGGGCAGCGGCCGCCGCCGUUUGAUGGAUCCGAGGAUCGCCUGGUUCCAGCCAGAGCAGCUCGGACCGUCCAACAGUCUGUGGAUGCAGAUCUGGGAGACGACCCAGGGGCUGAGGAACCUCUACUUCAACCACCACUGUCACAGCAGCGGCGGCGCGAGCGGCGGCGGCGGCGGCGGCAGCAGCACGGCCACCGGCGGGAGCGGCAGCAGCACCGGCAGUCCGGGCGGCGCGGCCCCGGCCCCGGCCCCGGCCCAGGCCGGCAUGUACCGCUCCGGGGAGCGCCUGCUGGGCGGCCACGCGCAGUCCGCGGAGCAGCGGGACUUCCUGCCCCUGGAGACGACCAACAACAACAACAACCACCACCAGCCCGCGGCCUGGGCCCGCCGGGCUGCCGCGGGCUCCUCGGCGUCCCCGUCCCCCUCCGUGUCCUCGUCCCCACACUCCUCCGCCGCCGUCCCCGCCGCGGAGCCCGCGGACCCGGCCUCGGGCAGCAGCAACAAGAGGAAGCGCGACAAUAAGGCCAGCACCUACGGACUCAACUACAGCCUGCUGCAGCCCAGCGGAGGGCGGGCCGCGGGGGGCGGCCGGGCCGACGGCAGCGGGGGCGUGUACAGCGGGACCCCGUGGAAGCGGAGGAACUACAACCAGGGAGUCGUGGGGACUCCAGCUGUCUCUGCUGUGCAGUUUCACCAGAACCACAUGGAACAAUCAGGAGAGGAAUUGUUCCCAAGUCUGCAUGAAGAAAUCAGUGAUUUUUAUGAAUACAUGUCUCCGAGACCGGAGGAAGAAAAGAUGCGGAUGGAGGUGGUGAACAGGAUCGAGAGUGUGAUUAAGGAGCUCUGGCCCAGCGCUGACGUCCAGAUAUUUGGAAGUUUUAAAACUGGCCUGUAUUUACCUACUAGUGACAUUGAUCUUGUGGUAUUUGGGAAGUGGGAGAACCUUCCCCUCUGGACCCUGGAAGAAGCUCUCCGGAAACAUAAAGUUGCAGAUGAGGAUUCGGUCAAAGUUCUAGACAAAGCAACUGUACCUAUUAUUAAAUUGACAGAUUCUUUUACUGAAGUGAAAGUUGAUAUCAGCUUUAAUGUACAGAAUGGCGUGCGAGCAGCUGACCUCAUCAAAGAUUUUACCAAGAAAUAUCCUGUAUUACCGUACUUGGUUUUAGUAUUGAAACAAUUCUUAUUACAGAGGGACCUUAAUGAAGUAUUUACAGGUGGAAUUGGUUCUUAUAGUCUCUUUUUAAUGGCAGUCAGUUUCCUUCAGUUACAUCCCAGGGAAGAUGCUUGCAUCCCCAAUACAAACUAUGGUGUUCUUUUAAUAGAAUUUUUUGAAUUAUACGGACGACACUUCAAUUAUUUAAAGACUGGCAUCCGGAUAAAGGAUGGUGGUUCGUAUGUGGCCAAAGAUGAAGUACAGAAAAAUAUGCUUGAUGGCUACAGGCCAUCGAUGCUUUAUAUUGAAGAUCCUUUACAACCAGGUAAUGAUGUUGGAAGGAGUUCAUAUGGGGCCAUGCAAGUGAAACAGGCCUUUGAUUAUGCCUAUGUUGUUUUGAGUCAUGCUGUAUCACCAAUAGCGAAAUACUAUCCCAACAAUGAAACGGAGAGUAUAUUAGGUAGAAUAAUUAGAGUAACGGACGAAGUUGCCACGUACAGAGAUUGGAUAUCAAAACAGUGGGGCUUGCAGAAUAGGCCUGAGCCUUCAUGCAAUGGAAAUGGUGUUACCUUGAUAGUAGAUACUCAGCAGUUAGAUAAAUGUAAUAAUAAUCUAUCUGAAGAAAAUGAAGCCCUUGGAAAAUGUAGAAGUAAAACUUCGGAAUCUCUUAGUAAACACUCUUCAAACUCUUCAUCAGGUCCAGUGUCUUCCUCUUCUGCCACACAGUCCAGCUCUAGUGAUGUCGAUUCUGAUGCGACACCAUGCAAAACCCCGAAACAGCUGCUCUGCCGUCCGUCCACUGGGAACCGGGUAGGGUCGCAGGAUGUGUCCUUGGAAUCAUCCCAGGCGGUUGGGAAAAUGCAGAGCACCCAGACCAGUAACACCUCCAACAGCACCAACAAAUCUCAGCAUGGAUCAGCAAGGCUCUUUCGUUCUUCCAGCAAAGGCUUCCAAGGUACAACUCAAACAAGCCAUGGUUCCUUGAUGACAAACAAACAGCAUCAAGGCAAAUCAAAUAAUCAGUAUUACCAUGGCAAAAAGAGGAAACACAAGAGGGAUGCCCCCCUCUCAGACCUUUGUAGAUAGUCGGCGUUGUGCGAUGGACUGUCUUCUGUGUGCAAUGGUCUCAUGCUCAGGACAGUUGGAUAGGGACUCCUGGCGCUCGGGAGCCUUACACUGUUCAGACUUUGAUUUAGCAACUGCGUUUUUUCCCAGCUCGCCACGGAAUGGAUCAUGAAGACUGACAACUGCAAAAACAAAAAGCAAGCAAAAAAGGGGGAAAAAAAAAGGCUGCUCAUUUGAUAAGUCAUAUGCUACAACAGGGUCAUUUUAAGAUUUAAAGCUUGAAUGUAAAAUAAAUAUAUUUCUCAUUGGCUUUAUGCAGAGUUAUAGGGAAUAAUAUUCAGUGUGGGUAGGGUGAUAGGAACAAAAACCAAUUUCAGAGGAUGGGGUGGGGAAAGAAAACAAAAGUAUCUUAUAGGAAGUCCAGAUUCCAAAGGGGAAAGUGAUCUGUGCAUGGUUUCUUUUUUUUUUUUAAUAUUUUUGCAUAUAUUUACCAUUUUAUUGUGUGUAUAUAUAGAUGACCAUAUAGGAAAUUGAUAUUUGUAAUAGUGGAUUUGUUAAUACUUUUUACAUAACAUUACUGUUUAAAUUGUAAACAGAUUUUUCUCAGGAUUAGUUUCAAAAAUAAUCUGAAUUGUCAUCUUAACAUCCAUAUAUAGGGAAGUGAUUAGUUCUAUUACUCAAUUUGUUUUCCUCAGCAUUGAAAUGACUUACUCUAGAACCCUUGUGACCUGCUGCAAAAAUUUUUCCUCUAAAGAAAAGGUUUAUGGUGGCAAAUGACGUUUUAUUUUGUAAAAAAAAAAGAAAAAAAAAAAGAAAAAAAGAAAAGAAAAAAGAAAAAAAGAAAGAAAGAAAAAAAGAAAAAAACAUACUAUGUACUUUUGUGUAAACACUGAAAAGCUCUAGUCAUCUCUAAGAAUUAACUUGCAACUGUUUUCUAUAGUGCUGUCGUCUUGGGCAAUGGGCAAUUACAUGACUUUGUGUUUGUUUCCUUUGCAGUCUUGUUUUGUUUUGUUUUUCUUCCUAAUAGGGGAAAAAAAAAAAAAAAGGCCGCCCGCGUCUGGUCCCAUUCCUGUUGCGGUGAAACCCCGAGUCCCACAGACUUUGCAUGCUGGCUCCCAACCCUGUGUGCAGCGUGUGCUUGGUUCUCUCGUCUCUUCUUCUUUUCUAAAUCCAUGCUUAACUACUGUGGGAGAGAUUAACUGUAAACAGCUUUAAUUAAAUCAUACUUAUAAAAAACUAUUUUCUUAUACUCCACUUUAUGCUUUUGGUAUUGUUGAUCUUUAAAAAUUAAAUGGUCUUUGAUAAUGGAUCUAUUUUGUAUUGCCUUAUUAAGACCAAAUACUUCUGUCAUCCCAUUCUUUAUCCUCUCCUUCCAUGGAAUUGUUAUCUUUAAUUAAAACUUUUUAAAACAUUGGCUUGUUUCAAUCAUACUGUAAAUUUUGGUUGUGGUCAGCUUUGAGCGCAAAUGAGAUGUAUAAUUCUGUUACCCAUCACAUGUUGAGUCUGAAACUCGGGAAUGUUGACUAUAAUAGGAUGUAAGUGACAUUUCUGAAAAUGCUCUCUUUCAGUGUGAAGGCUCUUGUGUUUAGCAUCAGUGUAUGUGGCUCUGUUAAUUACAGCCAUUUGGGAAAUGAGAUUCUUUUAUAUAUAUACAUAUAAAGUACUAUUGGCUUUUAGGAAUUUCUUUUAUAUACAUUUAUGAAAUACUGAAGACCAAUCAGAUCAUUAAUGGACACUUAGUGCAACUUUUUAUAAAGAAAAUAAUGCUAAAGUAAGACCAAAACUGAUGUUAUCACUGAAAUUGACAGUUUUCAAUAUGUUCGUAUUUUAAUUCACAAUGGGAAAAUGUGUUCCACAACUGGAAACUCAUGAUACUUGUGUAAAUCGUGGAAAAUUUUAAAUGUGAUGUUAUUUUGACAAUGUUUUAAAUUUUAGAGUCACAUUUUAUUCUGAUCAGAAUUUUUAUCAAGAUGUUGAGCUUUUGUGUUUUGAAACUAGUUUGUCAUAACAUAUUGUGCUUAAUCACAGUAUUUAUUUUCUAGGACUAUUGUGAAUGUGUAGACUUAUGUUUACUGCUAAGGGAACAAUUAUUUAUAAAAUGAUAUUAAAUCCAGUAUUAGCUGCCUAUUUCAGACACUUAAUACUUGCAGAGAUCCAUUGUUACAUUUACCACACUGAAGUUUUGUUUUGUUUUGUUUUGUUUUGUUUUAAGAAUCACCCUCAUUGUUGAAAGUAAAUGUACUCUUAGGGUGCAGAUAUUAGCGUUCCAAUAAGCAUGUGAUUAUAUUAAGGUGGUGGUAGCGGGAAGAUAAUCUUGAUUCCAUUGGGAAUCUUAGGUUUUCGUAAAUUUAUUGGGAAAAUAGUUUUUCCUGUACUGCUGAAGUUUCUUUUUGGUAAACAGUAUCUUUCUAAAAGAAAAAGCAUGAAGGAGAAAUUGAGGUGUGUA